AGGAAUGUUGCCCAACUGAAAAAAAUGUGGAGUAAUAUGAAGGCAUUGCAACGUAACGCUAUUAUGAAUGAAAAGCAGUCUGCGUUGGCAACAGGGGGUGGUUCUGCGGAACCGUCAGUGAAAAUUGAUAGCGACAUAAGCAAAAUUGUGCCAAUUGUGUCUAAUAUAAAAUGCAGUGAGGAAAUGAGUUCGAGAGGCGCAAAAAUACUCGAUGAUGAAGAUGGUGUGAUGCAACCACGACUACCGUAUAAAAAAGGACCAAGCAUUUCCGCUGGUACAAAAAUGAAUAACGACGAAAGCAGACUAAAGGUAGAACGCAUCAAAAGAAUAAUGAAAAAUGAGGAGGAAUUGGCUUAUCUGAAACGACGGCAUGAAGAGGAAAAAAACAAAUUAGAAAUUGAAUUUUUAAAAGCGAAAUAUGCCUUAGAAAUCCGCGCUGCAACCGCAGCAGCAGAAAAAGCCGAAUUCGAAUUAAAACAAACUAUAGAAAAUUUGUAAUUGAUUAUAAUUAUAAUAAUAAUUACUAUAUGUGUUAUUAGUUAUUACUAUUGCUUUGUUUUUAGUAAAUAAACUUUGUUAUUUGUUGUCAAUAUGUAUAAUAAUAUUGUAUUGUAGUCAGUAAUAAUUUGAUUUACGCGCUAGAGGUGCGACGUGACGUUAGAAGCUCUGUUAUUACACGGACUCGCGCGUUUUUGCUUACACAUGUAUCUACAGUGGGUGUAGAAUGUAUUCGUACACCGAUCAAUUUCCCAAAAAACUUUUGUGUGAAAUUGUAGUUUCUUAACUUCUUUUUUUUAUAAUCAAUGAUACUUUACAUAUUGUUAUAACGGGCGCAAUCUUUCUUAGUACGCCACUGCGAUCGCCUCCACCGUUCCGACCGUUCCGACACGUCACUGUCGAUCCUUGUUCUUUUGUUCUACAAUAGUAUCGUAUCGAUUCCGCGUAGCACGCGGUGAUGGUUUUACACGGUUCGCAUAAUUAUAUUUUCAUAUAUUUAUUUUAUAAUAAAUAGUUAUUAACGUAACUGGUCUUGUUCACUGCCCUCGGAAAUAUCUAACACAUAUUAUAGGAAGUCUCUAAGAUAGAUAUAGUCCAAACAACAUUUGCUAGUUAAUAUAAUUUGUGAAAUUAACAAAAAAAUGCGAAAAGUGGGUAAAAGUGUAGAAGCAAUACGUAUUUGUACGAUUCUUAUGACGAACCAUUUACAGUAGAGUUUGUAACGUAAACACAUUAGUUUAUUGCUCCAUACGAAUUAGAAAACAUCAAAUUUCCAGGAAAGUUCUUUUAAAAAUGGGUCUAAUAGAGGAAUUGAAGAAGAUCUCACUUCGAAUAACUAAUAAUUUAGUUAAUUUAACGCUUAGAAGAGUCGCAAUAGUUAUAAAAUCAAAAGGAAAUCCCACGAAGGAAGUAUUAUAUAUUUGUAAAUUAAUGUAAAUUUCUUUUUUUUUAAUGAAGUUUUAGAAAUUAAACAGUUGUGCGAAUACUUAUUGCUUCAAUAUUUCUAUCGAUUAAUUGUUUUUUUUUUUAAAUUUCGUAACUUACAUAAAUAGCUAUUUUUUUGUACUCUAUCUAUUCUAGAGAUUUCCGAGAAUAUGUAGAAUGUCAUUGUUCAUAAAAAAUAAGUUAAUAAAUUACAAUUUUACAUAGUUUUUUUGGAAAUUGAUCGGUGUACGAAUACCUUUUACAGCCACUGUACAUGGUCUACGGUAUGCACAAAAAAGAAGGUGUUACACAGUAUAUAAUAUAUUGUAUAUAUUGUUAUUAGUAUUUAUAAAUAAUAUUCACAGAUAUUUCAAUGGAAAAGGCGAGCAAUUAGUGGUUCCCGAGUAGCAGAUCCGUCGAUACUUUCAACAUUUUGCAAACUUUCCGCAAAUUCUGUAUCUUCAUUUUGGUAUUCAAUUUCAUCUUUUGGAAGAUUGUCAUUGAAAAUUAGGCUAGCUUCACUUGUCAUUCGUCUCGCACUUGUUAUCAGAUUGAUAUGUACUAGCGAAAGGUUAUAAUAAAACUCCAAAUUAAUUAUCGGAAAUUACAUUGUGUCUGUGUGUACAGUUGUUCUAUCCCACUAAAAUUCCUAUUAACAACAAUUAUGCCCGACACCGUUAAGCGGCAGAGAAAUCGGAUAGUGUAAUUGCGAUUCAACGCGAACCUCCGACAAACGCGGUCCCGUGGCGGGUCACGAGGAGAGAGAGAGCGAAAACGAGGGUUAUGCAAAUUUUUCCUUAAGCUGUGCUCGCUCAACCUUUCCAUGUCGCGGGCUCGGCGUACAAGGAUAGACGUGACGUUUAGCUGUUGGGUGCGAAUUCGCUGUCCGAAUUCCGCGAAUAUGUCAAACACAAACAUAUCUAAAAAUUACGGUUUUUUGUAUAAAAAAAAAAAUCGGGUAAAAAAUGACAAAUCGCAAAAAAUAUUGAUAAUGGGACCACCGGGGAGACAUGCACUACAAGAUACAACAGAUUUCAUUCCGACUGGUCAAUCCAUCUCGGUGUAAUCGGUAAACAUUUAAAAAAAAAAAAAAAAACUAACUUUAACUUUCAGAUGAUCCAUGUAUCCAAUUCACUGUGUUGUCUUCCUUCUUUAAAUCGUACUGCGCAACGAAAAUUAUUCAUUAACCCUUUACGCUCGAGAGGCGACUGAGAAGCGACAAUCUUUGUUCAUAAACUCUUUGGCUAUACUUUUAGGAAAUGUUAAAUGAUGUACCAAAAAACAGCGAUUAAGAUUUUUAAGAUUAAGAUUUUUACCCUUAAAUUUGAUAAUGUCUCCAUUAUCCAUAAUAACUGUGAGAGAAACUUGUGUUUAAAGUCUCUAUUAUUGCAAAAGUUCCAAAAUUCUACAAAAAUGGAUAGCUAUAGCAAAAUCAGGUGAAAGUGAAGAUGAAGUGUAUACAAAAUACAGAAUAUAAAAAAAAAACAUUCAUUUUCCAAGAUACAAGGGUAUACAAAAUAAUAAAAUAUAAUAUUCACAAUAACAUAUCCGCGGUGUUUUGAAAAUGAUCCGACUCUUUCACUGCGAAAGGGGCAAGUCUUAUUGGCUAAAGAUGGAAUAAAUAUAAGUAUAAUGACAUUGAAACGGUGUUUAGACGAAUAUGGUGUCGAGUGACGGAGCCAACUGUCAAAACCGUUGCUUUCAAAGGAACAUGUCGAAAAUCGUUUGGCGUGGACUCACGAAAAUAGUGAUUGGAGCAAUAUAGUGUUCAGUGAUGAAUAUUCGUUUUGGGCUUGGUGUCUUAGUAGACAUGCUUGGUCUGUUUGUGGAAAAAGAUUAAUACAAAGAAGUGUGAAACACCUCAUAAAGGUGCAUGUUUGGGGUUGCUUUAACGCACGGGGUUUCGGGACUUUAUGCAUUUUUACGGACAAUCAGAAUG